AUGAUGACUGCCACGGCUCUCCCGUCGGGUGUUAGUGACCCUCCAACGGUGGACCGGAAGGACAACCAUGGAGGGCUGGUUGUGGUGAUCACCGGCUUCUGCUUGGUCCUGGUACUUUCGUCCCUGGCCGCUCGGACGUUUUCCUCGUACAAGAGGCGGAUUAUCCAGAAGGACGACUUUGGUUUUAUGGCUGUAGUGAUUGUUGCACUAGCGCAGACGUCUUUGGUACUGGCGCAGGUUCACUACGGCUGGGGAGCAGCCGAAGAGUCACUCUCCUCCGCAACAAAGGAGAAAAUGCUCAAGAUGGGAUAUGUCUCCGAUAUUCUCUUCGUUGUCACCCUCGGCCUCUCGAAGAUAACGACCGCCGUCUUUUACAUGGCACUGUUCAAGCAGAAACUUCGAGCUGUCAUCCGAGGACUUCUCGUUGGAGGAUGUGUCUGGGUUAUACUGUCGAUUAUACUGUUAGCAGUCCGAUGUGGUCAUCAACCAUGGCUCGAUAUCGACGCACAAUGCAGCGGUUUGGCAAUCACCGCCACCGACGUUAUCAUCGAGGUUCUCCUUGUCCUCUACUCCGCCCGAGCGAUAUACAGCAUCAAGAUCUCAAUACGACAAAAAAUCGUCGUAUUCGGUACUCUCAGCUGUCGAGUCAUACUCAUCCCCCUGUCGGCUACCCAUCUCUACUACGUCAAAGUUCAGCUAGAUUCAGAUAACCCGAUUCUCUAUGGCGCGUUCGGCAGUCUAACCGCAGAGCUCUACCUCGCCAUGAGCGUCGUCUGCCUCGUCGCCUCGUUCAUGAAGCCCGUGCUCGCCGUUUAUGUCGAUGAGUACGGCAUCGCCUACACGGACGACGUAUCGCCGCCGAACUCGAAGUUGCGCAGCCAUACCUCGUCUGAAAGCAGGUCGCGUCGGUUGCGGCGGUCGGAGACAGAAUACGAUCGCGGCUGGGAGUGGAUGCCGGAUCGGACGGUCCCGGCUGCUUCAGGGGGCCGCAUCAUGAAGACGGUGCAGAUUAGUGUGAGUGAUGGGCCGAUGGAGCUGCAGAGGCGGGAGCCGGAGGUCGUGAUUGGUGUAUAA